UACUCCAUACCAGAGUUAGGCUCUCAGCUAAAUUAGCAGUGGUUGUGGAGACUUAGUGGAUUGGAACUGUAAUCAUGCCAUUCUUUCUCAGAUCCUUAAUAAUUGUGGCAACACUUCUAGCAGCAGUAAUCACUAUCUCCUUUUCUCAACAUGGACCACCUGAAGGAUACACAGGAGAAGCAGGAGAAAAGGGAGAAAGAGGCCCCCCUGGCCCAGUAGGUCCACCUGGAUCUCCAGGAGAAAGAGGCCCCCCUGGCCUAGUAAGUCGAACUGGAUCUCCAGGAGAAAGAGGCCCCCCUGGCCCAGUAGGUCGAACUGGAUUUCAAGGAGAAAGAGGCCCCCCUGGCCCAGUAGGUCCACCUGGAUCUCCAGGAGAAAGAGGCCCCACUGGCCCAGUAGGUCCACGUGGAUCUCCAGGAAUAAAAGGGGCACAGGGCAGGAGAGGUGUGCAGGGGACUCAGGGAGAGAACGGUGAAAAGGGAAAUAUAGGCCCACCAGGCCCAGCUGGAAAUACUGGAGCUCAAGGAGAUCCAGGAGAGAGAGGGUUCUCUGGACAACCAGGGAAUAUU